UCUGGUUUGUGUGAAGUGUGAAUUCGUAGGCUGUUUGUGAAAACUGAAAACAUUGAGGUUAAUUAUUUGAAUAAUAGUGUUCCUGCCCUGAUACAUUCAUUUGAGUUUUCAUUUUAAUUCAUAUCAAACUUGAAUUAUUCGGUCUGAGCACCUGGAAAAACUCAGUUUUGCAUCUCACCACUCGCCGCAAACAAACGUAAAAAUGUUGGUCGGAGGAUGAGUAAUGGAAACUGAUGAUUGUAGAACCAAAAGAAUGCGCGGAAGAGCUCGAGGACGUGGUAGGGGGAGGGGAAGGGGAAGGGGCAGAGGACGUGGGAAGAAGGCAAUAAAGGUAAUUGAAAGUGAUGAGGAAGAAACUCCUCUUCAGGCACCAGAAGAAGUGACAGAAGGAAAUGAAGAAAACUUGCAGCCUCCAAAAAUCGAUCUUGAGGCUGACAUUUCACAGCUUGAGGCACCAACAUUCACAACUAUCAACCGAGGUCCUCCGGAACCUAUGUUACGACUUCGAUGGGACCAUCGUGUUAGCCUUAUGGGUGAAAAGGUUCUCAACCCCAUGAUUCACUGUUGUGAUAAAUGUUUGAAGCCAAUUCUGAUUUAUGGCAGAAUGAUACCAUGCAAGCAUGUUUUCUGCCUAUCCUGUGCAAAGCGCGAGGACAAAGUCUGUCCACGUUGUAUGGAAAAAGUAACCAGAGUUGAGCAGACAGGUCUGGGAACUGUUUUUAUGUGCACACAUGGUGGUACGCGCUAUGGAAACACGGGUUGCAGAAGAACAUAUCUUUCACAACGUGAUCUGCAGGCACACAUAAAUCACAGGCACAUAGCAGUGUCUGUCCAGGACCCACCACAGUUUCCUCUUGUUGUAACAACUGGUAGCAAUAAUAAACCAGAACCGUUACCUACAACAGCUGCUCCCCCACCUCGCAUGAAGCAUGAUCCCCGUUUACAGCGCUCACCUCCACCUCCUCCACCACCACCCUUUGCUCCCCCACCAUCUCACAGGCCACCCAUAAUGUUUACUUCCAACCCACCCCCCACAAUGCGUACUAAUCUCAUCACAGUACCAAUACAAGACUCGACUGCUCCACCACCUGUUAUUGUUGAUCCCCCACCUUCAGCACCUUACCACCAUUACACACAAGCACCACCACCACAAUAUACACCAUAUUCCGUUCCUCCUCCACAACCCAGUUAUUACCAAGCACCACCAGGGUACCAAGCAGCACCUGUGGCACAGUAUGGUGGACAAGGUGCUGUUCCUCAAGGUACUGCUGCUGUUGCGGCAGCAGCUGCAGCUGCUGCAGCAGCUGCUGUGAGAGCUCCUCAGUACCAAGAACAACAAGUAGUUCAACCAUAUGGAGCCCCACCACCUCAGCAAUGGCAGCAUCCACCUAGCAAUCCAGCCUUUUACAGAUGAAGACUGUGGAUUUUCUUUCACUGAUUUUGAAAAAGAACUGUAGACACAGUCUGAUAAUCAGUGUUAGAAGCUGACAAGAACUAUAGACAAAUUUUUAAAAAAUUAAAAUUUUGAGCAAAUGUUUGUUCAUUAGAGAAGCUUAUCUUUUGUAUGGUUGGCGAACUGUAAAAAUACCUUUCAGCCUCCACAAAGUAAUUAAAGAACAUUUUAUAUUGACAGUCUUUGGUGAAAAGAUUAUUGAUAUUUAGUUAUUACAAUUUGGUAAUGAUUGUUGUAAAAUGUGCAGUGGCCUUUUCUGUGAACAGUUUGUGCAACUAAAAAUUAAUUUUCCUGUGAAAAAUACUUUCUACAUUGUAAGUAAAUUUUGUAUCUAAUAUCUCAAGCACUAUUAUUAAGUUUGAAAACUUGUAGCAGUCCAGGUAUUAUGCCUGAAUUAUUUAUCACUUGCUAAAAAGUUCAGAACAGAAAUACAGAUUGAUUUUGAAAAUUUUGUGUCUUUUAUCAUGUUACAUGCAACUGGAAAACACACAAGUCACAUUAGUAGGCACUGAAUGGUGAUCUGAUGCUAGGUAAUUAAUGAGAUGGUGUCAAUGAGUUUACAUGAACAGAAUAGGAUUUUGUGUCAUGUAAUUUCUAGUUCUACAUCGAUGAUCUGUAUUGUGUUAAAAAUCACCUUCAUUCACAUAAGUCAAUCAACAUUCUACUGUUAUGAUUAAUGUUUCCUGUUGCCGUUUAUGAAAAUUACUGCUCUCUAGUUAUUGACAACUUUUUAAUGCCAGGGUG